GAAACCUUGAUGAUAAAACUUCAGGAGACUGAGCGAAUCAUGAAAAACAUCCGCAACAAGAUCAACCUGCUGGAAAGACUGAGGACGGCUUUGGAAAGGCUGAAACAGUCCAUCGAAUCGAGGAACAGCGGACGACGAAGGAAGAGGACAACUUACAAUCUGAUCACAGUCAAUGAGGAUGGAGGCAUUACUGUGUCUCCUUUCUGUGACUACAACGACAGUUUUACAGCGUCGCCUGACGGUAUCAUUUACCACGUGACUGACCUGCUAAACGACACUGUGUUCCAGUCCCCUGAGGAUCAGCUCCUUUGCAUAGGGGAUCUUUUAGAGUCCUUAGCUGAUGCUGUCGCAUUCGGGCAAAUAAGUAUUAACGCCACGAAGAUAGAUGCACUCACCGAGAUUAUUGACAUUACGAAGGAAACGAUUUUUGGAGGAAUUAACAGCAACUACGAAUCUCUGGUGAAGUUCCACUGGCAACUGGGAUAUUUGUACAGGAAAAUACGCAUUUCAGAAGGCUUAGGACACAUUCACCCACCAACACAGGAUGAUAUACUUAUAAAAGUGGUCCAGAUUGUAAACGCUUAAUUGAUAAAUAGCCCCACAAAUCAAGAUCGUCAGUCGUCUGUAGUGUACUAUCAUUUUUCAAGGUUGUGAGAUCAUUUAUCUAAUAUUUUCCUGUUUCAUUCGUAAACUUUUUUAUCGGUCGUUUUUGUCUCACCUGAAAAAUGAAAUAAAAGAAAUAAGAAUUUAUUGUCACCAAGAAGGUACAUUCUAUCUCAUGCCUGAAAGUAAUAU